AUGCACGUGGGGAUUCCCAUAGCCGCUGGCGCGGUAGCCAUCUAUCUGGCUGCACGCCUGAUAUAUCUGGCUUUUUUGCACCCCUUGGCUAAAUACCCAGGGCCUUUUCUCUCGAAAUUCACAUUCGCGCGAGCGUCAUACUAUGCAUGGAAGGGUGAUAUCCAUAUCGACAUAUGGAGAUGCCAUGAGAAAUACGGAGACUACGUUCGCUAUGGGCCAAACCAACUGCUCGUCAACACAGCCGAAGGCCUGCAGGAUAUCUACGGCCGGAGAACGUCUACCAAGUUCUUAAAGAGCAAGCACUACGAGGUAAUGAUGCAUCAAGCGGCCAAUACCUUUACCCAUCGCGGUGGGAAAGACCAUCUCGUUCGUCGCCGCAUCUUGGCGCAGGGCGUUUCAGCUCAGGCGCAACGUGAGUACGAAACCCGCAUCGCUACGCACAUUGAGAAAUUCUGUGGCGCCGUGUUCGACGGCACGGCUACCAAUGGUUCUGGAGCAUGGAGUGAGCCCCGAAACAUGGCUAAAUGGUGCAAUUAUCUCUCCUUUGAUAUGAUGGCCGACAUCGUCUUUGGCGCUCAGUACAAUCUCCUUGGCGACGACCGCUUUCGCUAUGUAACUGAGAUGAUGGAAAAGUCCAACGUCCGCAUAUCGGCUCUGGUGCAGUUCCCAAGUCUGUCAUGGCUCAGACUCGACAAGCAUCUGUUUCAAGAGGCCAUAUUUGCGCGCAACCGCUUCCUCAAGUUCGUAUUCCGCCUACUUCGGGAUCGGAUGGAGCUCUCCAACGGAAAUGUAUGCGGCAUCUUCGAGAAGUCGCAUGCCACGUCUCAACUAAGCUACUCAACCAAAUCGCGAGACAUCUAUAGCCGACUGCAAGAAGCCCGCGACCCUCAGACCGGAGCUGGUUUGCGCAAGGAAGAGAUGGCUAGUGAGAGCACAACCCUUAUCGUGGCCGGCUCUGACACCACAUCCUGCUGCAUUUCAUCGGUUCUGUUUUAUCUCUCCGACAAUCCACAAGCGUAUCAAAAGGCUGCUCAAGAGGUGCGCUCCUGUGUAUCAUCUCAGGACGAUAUCACAGGGUCGAACCUAGCCUCAUGCACCUAUCUGCGGGCUUGCAUUGACGAGGCUUUGAGAAUGUCACCCCCUGUUGGAACUGCACUGGUUCGCGAAGUCAUGACAGAGGGUACCCUGGUCAGUGGACAGCCGGUGCCCGUUGGUUGUGAAGUCGGGGUGGGCACCUACGCGAUCCACCACAGUUCACAGACUUACCCUGAACCUUUUGUCUACAAACCUGAGAGGUGGCUUGAGGGCAAUGCUGCUGCACGAGCCAGCUUCAUUCCGUUUUCGGCCGGCAUCCGAAGUUGUCUCGGCAAAGGCCUCGCGUACACUGAGAUCACGCUCGUCAUCGCCAACUUACUGUUCCGCGGGGACUUCAAGUUUGCAGAUGGAGAGCUUGGCAACGUCGGACGUGGCGGUAACAAGUCGGCCGUGUACGGCAGGCAUCGAGAGAACGAAUAUCAGCUGUAUGAUCACAUUGCAGGGCAAAAGAAAGGCCCGUGGUUGCAAUUUUCAAGGCGUGUUUUAUCAUAA